AUGGUAAAAGAAAAAGAUAUAUGGGUGUUGCCAUUUUGUCCGUACAACUGUAGGUGAACACUAAGCAUUUGCGCAGUGAAUAACACCAAUGUUCUAUGCUUUCUCUUCGCAAAUCGUUGCCACCUCGCAAUUUGAGGCCAAUUUCCACGGUGUUCCCAUUGCAACGCUGGAUUCACCACAUUUUUUCAUCAGUUACAGGUUCUUUCCAACAGGUAUCACAUGACCAUGAGAACAAGACCAACUUUGUAUUCCAUUCUUGCACCGACAUUGGUACUGCCAGGCAGCUUCACGCGCUUUUUACGGUGUUGGGUAAGGCUCAAAAUGUCGUUUUGUUCACUCGGCUUGUUACUUUGUAUGCCACUCUUGGGGACCUCUCAUUGUCUCGCAACACUUUUCAGUACAUUCAGAGGAAGAACAUUUUCACAUGGAACUCUAUGGUGGCUGCGUUUGUUAAGUGCGGGAAAUACCGUGAUGCUAUGAACUGUGUCAGUGAGUUGUUAUCUAAUUCGGGUGUAAGACCUGACUUUUACACUUUCCCCCCUGUGUUGAAGGCGUGCGUGAGUGUGGUUGAUGGGGAGAAGAUGCAUUGUUGGGUUUUGAAGAUGGGUUUUGAGCAUGAUGUGUAUGUGGCUGCUUCCUUGAUCCAUCUGUAUUCAAGGUUCAGUGCUGUGGAUGUUGCCCACAAGGUGUUUGAUGAUAUGCCCGUCCGAGAUGUUGGGUCUUGGAACGCGAUGAUUUCGGGGUUUCUUCAGAAUGGGAAAGCAACCAGCGCGUUGGGUGUUUUAGGUAGGAUGAAGGUUGAAGGGGUAAAGAUGGAUACAGUUACGGUGGCAAGUGUGCUUCCUGUUUGUGCGCAAGCGAAUGAUGUUGUUUGUGGGAUGUUGGUUCAUCUGUACGUGAUAAAGCAUGGGUUGGAAAGUGAUCUUUUUGUUUGCAAUGCUUUGAUUAAUAUGUAUUCGAAGUUUGGUAGGCUGCAGGAUGCACAGAGGGUUUUUGAUGGCAUGAAGGUGAGAGAUGUGGUGUCUUGGAAUUCUAUAAUAGCUGCAUAUGAGCAGAAUGACGAUCCAGAUACUGCACUUCGUUUAUUUAAAGGGAUGCAGUUUGUGGGAAUGGGACCUGAUUUGUUGACAGUUGUGAGUUUGAUCUCAAUUUUUGUUCAGUUAAGUGAUCGGAGGAUUGGCAGGGCUGUUCAUGGAUUUGUUAUGAGGCGUGGUUGGCUUGAGGAAGAUGUUGUUAUAGGUAAUGCUCUUGUGAAUAUGUAUGCCAAAUUGGGUUUGAUAGAUUGUGCACGUGCAGUUUUCGAACAGCUUCCUAGAAGAGAUGUAAUUUCAUGGAACACUUUGAUCACAGGUUAUGCUCAAAAUGGUCUUGCAAGUGAGGCAAUUGAUGCUUACAACAUGAUGGGAGAAUGUAGAACGAUAAUCCCCAACCAAGGAACAUGGGUGAGCAUUCUCCCAGCAUAUUCCCAUAUUGGAGCUUUGCAACAAGGAAUGAAAAUACAUGGGAGGCUAAUCAAGAACUCUCUCUACUUGGAUGUCUUUGUGGCUACCUGCCUGAUUGACAUGUAUGGGGAAUGUGGGAAGUUAGAGGAUGCAAUGUCCCUAUUCUAUGAAAUCCCUCGGGAAACUUCAGUCCCUUGGAAUGCAAUAAUAUCUUCUCUCGGGAUUCAAGGGCAUGGAAAAGAAGCUGUGCAACUUUUCAAGGAUAUGCAAGCUGACGGGGUAAAGGCUGACCAUAUUACUUUUGUAUCGUUGUUGUCGGCUUGUAGCCAUUCAGGUUUAGUUGAUGAGGGUCAAUGGUGCUUCGAAUUGAUGCAGAAAGAUUAUGGGGUAAAGCCCAAUUUGAAACAUUAUGGCUGCAUGGUGGAUUUAUUUGGCAGAGCUGGGUAUUUGGAGAAGGCACAUAAUUUAGUAAACAAUAUGCCCAUACAAGCAGAUGCAUCCAUUUGGGGUACUCUCCUUUCUGCUUGUAGAAUACAUGGAAAUGCAGAAUUGGGUACUUUAGCUUUAGAUCGCUUGUUGGAAGUUGAUUCAGAGAAUGUUGGCUAUUAUGUUUUGCUGUCAAAUAUCUAUGCAAAUGUUGGAAAAUGGGAAGGAGCAGUUAAAGUAAGAUCCUUAGCCAAAGAUAGAGGAUUGAAGAAGACUCCUGGAUGGAGUUCUGUUGUAGUAGGUAGUGUAGUUGAAGUUUUUUAUGCAGGGAACCAAACUCAUCCACAAUGUACAGAGAUAUACAAGGAAUUAAGGGUUUUGAAUGCCAAAAUGAAAAGCCUUGGUUAUGUUCCAGACUAUAGUUUUGUCCUACAAGACGUUGAGGAGGAUGAGAAAGAGCAGAUUUUGAUAAGUCACAGUGAGAGGCUGGCCAUUGCAUUUGGACUUAUCAGCACCCCACCAAAAUAUCCCAUUAGGAUAUUUAAAAACUUGCGUGUUUGUGGUGAUUGCCACAAUGCUACCAAGUACAUAUCCAAAAUUACUGAAAGGGACAUUAUUGUGAGGGAUUCUAACCGUUUUCAUCACUUUAAAGAAGGGUUUUGUUCAUGUGGUGAUUACUGGUGACUGAUGAAUUUCCAUUUGUUAAUAUUUUUCUAGACUAAUUGUGUUUCCGUGAGGUUUCUUUUGUUUUUAUUUUCUUAUUUUAGAUUAGAUUUGGUUUUUCAAAAAUAAAAUGCUGUUAUUCCAAAUAUGUGUUAAUAUGAGCUUAUUAGAUAGAAUUUAGUUUAGUCUAGUUUUCUUUCCUAUUCAUUAGUUUAGCUCAAUUAAG